CACUUACAAACGGAGUCUAAAAAAAGCCGAACUCGUAGAAAGUUGUAGAAAAAAAAAAAAAACAGUUUGCAAAGCACCGGUUUAAGGUGCACAUUUCUUUUUCCUUUCAUUUUUGCUCUUUGCUAAUUUGUUCUGAAACUCUGCUGUGAAUAAAAAUUGUAGUAAUUAGCAACCAGAGAAGCAAGAGCCAAUUCUCAUUAUGUAAACAGCUGGAAUGCAAAAACUGUUGCCCCCACUUCAUUCCUCUGAGUCAAUCAAAUGUCCACAGAUUAUUAAGAUGGAAGGGCUGAGAUCUAGAACUUCAUGAAGCAAGAGGUUACAGGAAAAUUUCCUUUAAAAUUUAUCACCUGCACAGUUUAAGCCCCAAUGGUUCUUCCCAACAGACAAAUUACAGAGUUCAGCCUGGCACUCAGGACCACAGCCCUCCCUUCCUUUCCACACUGAUAUGCCUCCUCUCCUCCCACCAAAUCCUGUGCUCCAACCAAACUGGCCUCUUGCUGUUCCCCGCACACUCCGUCUCAUUCUGUGUCCUUGAUUGCACUGUUCCUUCUCCCUAGGGCAGCCUCCUUAGUUAACCCAUCUCUGCUUGCCAAAGUCCCAUCCAUCCUUCAAACAUUCAUUUGCAAUUUUCUUUCCUGGUUCCUAAUAUAUCUUUCUUUUGAACUCCACAAAUGUUUUAAAAAACACCUUUCUUAAAAGUACUUUAAAAAUUUACUUUAAAAUGUCAUUUUUCCUGAUCUCGAGGGACAUAUUAAUAUACUGUAAAAAUAAGAAAAUACAGAAGUCACGGAAGAAAAUAAAAAUCCCAUUUUUUACCUAUGUGACACAUAUUUAUAUAUUAUAAUCUGGUAUUAUAUCAUCUUAUGUGCUUUUUAACUACAAGUAUUUCUCAUGUCCUUAAUCUUUCUCUUCAACACGAUUUUUAAUGCUUAUAAACGAACUAUAAUUUAUUUAAUAAUCAUAUAACAUUGGACAUUUUGCUUGUUUCCACAAACGGUGCUGUAUUUUGGAAGAGCAUAAAUGGGGUGGUGUCCAGUGCACAGUGACAAUUUCCUAAAAGCACAAUAGAAUAUUUUUUGGAAAUAGGAAAUUGGGGCUAGUGAUAAUUAGGAGAAAUGUAAGUUCCCCCAUGAAUGUUUGGAAAUACUGGCAGGUAUGCUGGGUUUUCCACUUUAAGUGGAAUGGGGGUUUGAGCCACUCAAGUUUUAAAGGACAGUGACCCAGCAGGUCUAUGGAUGACUUUGGCGGAGGGGGGGGUAGGGGGGGGGGGGGGUCAUCCAGGCAGCUGAUCCAUGGAAACAGGCAGGGUUCAGUAUGAAAGAAAAAAAAAUCACCUCCCUCCUUUAAUCUUACUCCCCCUUGAGCUACAGGCCUACUUUUCUCUCCCUCUCACUGCCAAACUUCUGGAAAGAACCAUCACCCUUUACAGCCGUCACUGCUUCCCCACCACACACUCCUCACCCAAGCACUCAACUCAGCUUGGUGCCUGGCACACAGCAGGCCCUGGCUGAGACUGAGUUCCACCCCUCUUGCAAAUUGGCAUCUCUUUCCUGGUUCUCCACGGCCAGCCACUAGGGCCUCCUCUCCGUGCUCCUCCGCCCGACCCGGCUGCCCCCUACUGCCGCCUGUCUCCAGGUGGUGUUUGGAAACUAGACCAUGUGCCUAGGGAGAAGUGGUUCCUUUCUCCACAGCUCCACACCCCCAGCCACGCUCACCACACCCUUGUUUUGAGAACCUCAUUGAGGCAGUCGAGCAGUCUGCAGACGGGCGUUUGGAAGCCACUGGACCAGAUCAUUUCUGAGGUCCCCUUCAGCUCUGACAUCCUCUCUUGCCAGCACCCAGCCAUGGGGGAUAUGAAAACUCCAGACUUUGAUGACCUUCUGGCUGCCUUUGACAUCCCAGACCCCACCAGCCUUGAUGCCAAGGAAGCCAUCCAGACCCCCAGUGAGGAGAGUGAGAGUCCCCUCAAACCUGCAGGCAUGUGUAUGGAUGAGAGCGUGUCCUUGUCUCACUCAGGAUCAGCCUCAGAUGUGCCGGCCGUGAGUGUCAUUGUCAAGAACACCAGCCGCCAGGAGUCGUUUGAAGCAGAGAAAGACCACAUUGCUUCCAGCCUCCUACACAAUGGAUUCCGGGGCUCCGAUCUGCCUCCAGAUCCCCACAACCUGGGCCACAACUGUGGGAAGUUUGAUUCCACUUUCAUGAAUGGAGACAGUGCCAGGAGUUUCCCUAGCAAGCUGGAACCUUCCAAGUCAGAGCCAUUACCAACCUUUAACCAGUUCAGUCCGAUCUCCAGUCCCGAAUCUGAGGAUGCCAUCAAAGAUAAUGGGUUUGGGAUGAAGCCCAAGCACUCUGACAGUUAUUUCCCACCCCCUCCUGGGUGUGGGUCUGUCGGGGGCCCAGUCCUGGAGGCUCUGUCUAAGUUUCCAGUCCCAGAGCUGCAUAUGUUUGAUCACUUUUGUAAGAAAGAACCCAAGCCAGAACCCUUGCCCUUGGGGAGUCAGCAGGAACAUGAGCGAGGUGGGCAGAAGGCGGUGGAACCUCACAAGGAGCUGGAUGCCAGUCGGUUCUUUGGGGAAGCUUUGGAGUUCAACAACCACUCCAGCAACAGUAUUGGAGAGCCCAAGGGACUUGCCCCCGAGCUUGGUACCUGCUCAUCAGUCCCUCCUAGGCAGCGUCUUAAGCCAGCUCAUUCCAAGCUGUCCUCUUGUGUUGCAGCCUUGGUGGCCCUGCAGGCCAAAAGAGUGGCCAGUGUCACCAAGGAGGAUCAGCCUGGCCACACAAAGGAUCCCUCAGGGCCCACUAAAGAGGGCUCCAAAGGCAGCCCUAAAAUGCCCAAGUCACCAAAGAGUCCCCGGAGCCCUCUGGAGGCCACUAGGAAGAGUAUCAAGCCAUCGGACAGCCCUCGGAGCAUCUGCAGUGACAGCAGCAGCAAAGGCUCCCCUUCUGUGGCUGCCAGCUCCCCACCAGCAAUUCCCAAAGUCAGAAUCAAAACCAUUAAGACAUCAUCGGGGGAAAUCAAACGGACGGUCACAAGGAUCCUGCCAGACCCUGAUGAUCCCAGUAAGUCCCCUAUUGGGUCACCUCUAGGGAGCGCCAUUGCUGAGGCCCCGAGUGAGGUGCCAGAGGACGAGGUCACUGCCCUGCCUGCAGCAGAGCACUUUCCUGAGGUGGGCACCACUUCGGGGAGCCCUCAGGAUGACAGGAAAGGGGAUGAGAGCGUGACGAAGGCCAGUGAAUCUUCAUCUCCCUGUUGCAGCUCUGGGUCCCGGGCCCCAAAGGGGGCUGCCUCGGGCUCACAGAUGGGCAAGAAGCAACAGCAGAGCACAGCACUGCAGGCAUCCACCCCGGCCCCUGCCAACCUCCUGCCCAAAGCCGUGCACCUGGCCAACCUGAACCUGGUCCCCCACAGUGUCGCCGCAUCAGUGACGGCCAAGUCCUCGGCACAGAGGCGGAGUCAGACACAGCUGACGCAGAUGUCGGUGCCCUUGGUCCACCAGGUGAAAAAGGCCGCCCCACUGGUGGUGGAGGUCUUCAACAAGGUCCUCCACAGCUCCAACCCUGUGCCCCUCUACGCGCCAAAUCUCAGCCCGCCUGCGGACAGCAGGAUCCACGUGCCGGCCAGUGGAUACUGCUGCCUGGAGUGUGGGGACGCGUUUGCCUUAGAGAAGAGCCUGAGCCAGCACUACAGCCGGCGGAGCGUCCACAUCGAGGUGCUGUGCACACUGUGCUCCCAGACGCUGCUCUUCUUCAACAAGUGCAGUCUGCUCCGGCACGCCCGCGACCACAAGAGCAAGGGGCUUGUCAUGCAGUGCUCUCAGCUGCUCGUGAAGCCCAUCUCUGCGGACCAAAUGUUCGUGUCGGCCCCUGCGAACUCCACGGCACCAGCAACCCCGGCCGCCCCCGCCUCCCCCAAACAUGGCCUCACUUCGGGCAGUGCCAGCCCUCCCCCUCCAGCUUUGCCGCUCUACCCAGACCCCGUGCGGCUCAUCCGGCACAGUAUCAAGUGUCUCGAAUGUCACAAGCAGAUACACGACUACAUGGCUAUGGCUGCACAUUUCCAGAGGACGACGGAGGAAACCCAGGGGCUGACUUGCCAGGUGUGCCAAAUGCUGCUUCCCAACCAGUGCAGUUUCUGUGCCCACCAGCGGAUCCAUGCACACAAGUCCCCCUACUGCUGUCCGGAGUGUGGGGCCCUCUGUCGCUCUGCCUACUUCCAGACCCACGUAAAGGAGAAUUGCCUGCACUAUGCCCGCAAGGUGGGCUACAGGUGCAUCCACUGCGGAGUUGUCCACCUGACCUUGGCCUUGCUGAAAAGCCACAUCCAGGAACGACACUGCCAGGUUUUCCACAAGUGUGCAUUCUGCCCCAUGGCCUUCAAGACUGCCAGCAGCACCUCCGACCACAGCACUACCCAGCACCCCACCCAGCCCCACAGACCCUCCCAGCUCAUUUAUAAGUGCUCCUGUGAAAUGGUCUUCAACAAGAAGAGGCACAUUCAGCAGCAUUUUUACCAGAAUGCCAGUAAGGCGCAAGUGGGCGUCUUCAAGUGCCCUGAGUGCCCACUCUUGUUCCUGCAGAAGCCAGAGUUGAUGCAGCACGUCAAGAGCACCCACGGUGUUCCCCGAAACGUGGACGAGCUGUCAAGCCUCCAGUCGUCAGCUGACACAUCCUCAAGCCGCCCGGGCUCUCGAGUUCCCACUGAGCCCCCAGCCACUAGUGUGGCUGCUCGCGGCAGUUCCCUGCCUUCCGGCCGCUGGGGCAGGCCCGAGGCCCAUCGCAGGGCUGAGGCCAGGCCCCGGCUGAGGAACACUGGCUGGACCUGCCAGGAGUGCCAGGAGUGGGUUCCUGAUCGGGAGAGUUACGUCUCCCACAUGAAAAAGAGCCAUGGCCGGACAGUGAAGCGGUACCCGUGUCGGCAGUGUGAACAGUCCUUCCACACCCCCAACAGCCUGCGCAAACACAUCCGCAACAACCACGACACAGUAAAGAAAGUCUACACUUGUGGGUAUUGCACAGAGGACAGCCCCAGCUUUCCUCGGCCCUCCCUCCUGGAGAGCCACAUCAGCCUUAUGCAUGGUAUCAGAAACCCUGAUUUGAGCCAGACGUCCAAAGUCAGACCUUCGGGUGGACAUUCCCCCCAGGUGAACCAUCUGAAAAGACCAGUCAGCGGCGUGGGGGACGCUCCAGGCACCAGCAAUGGCACUAUCGUCUCUUCCACCAAAAGGCACAAGUCCGUUUUCCAGUGUGCGAAAUGUAGCUUUGCCACAGACUCGGGGCUCGAGUUUCAGAGCCACAUACCUCAGCACCAGGUGGACAGCUCCACAGCCCAGUGUCUCCUUUGUGGCUUGUGCUACACCUCUGCCAGCUCCCUCAGCCGCCACCUCUUCAUCGUCCACAAGGUGAGAGACCAGGAGGAGGAGGAGGAGGCGGCGGAGGUGGCGGUGGAGGCGGCGGAGCCAGAGGAGGGCUCCGGGGAGGAGAUGUCCGUGGAGACCAGGGAGAACGGACUGGAAGAAUGUGCCGGCGAGCCUUUGUUGGGCGACCCAGAGAUGAGGAGAGCACUGGGCCCGGCCCCUGAGGAGGACGGUGCCCAGGAUGCUCAGAGUCGGCCACAGGCCUCUCAGGACCAGGACAGCCACGUGCCGUCCCCUCAGGUGUGACCAGAGGCUUUGCAGUGUGUGCAGUCGGGGUGGUGCCGUGGCGUCCUCCGCCUGCCGUGUGGACAGUGGGAAAUAAAAGCCUCUGCCCCGGUGUGAGUGUGGCCGGCUGUACCCUGGAGCAGUGUCUGCCCUGAGUGGAGAGCUGGGUGUCCAUCAGCCCCAGGAAAUGUGGGGUUGCCCAGGACCCUCAGAGCUCUGAAUUUGCUUCUGUUAUUUAUGGCUUUGUGCUGCUUCUUGAUGCCCCAACUCUUGUCUGUGUCCUUCCAACCCCAGGCUGCUUAAGUGGCCCAACCUCAGUGCUGUCAACUUGGCUUGAAACCCCUCGGUGGCUGUGCUCUUCUGGGAGGUUCCCUGCUUGCUGCCUUCAGCCAGGGGCCUCCUUGGAGCUCUCUUGGCCUGCGGAUGGCGGCUCUCCUCCUGGCCGUCAGAGCCUGCGAGGGGUGAGGGUGCUCGUGCCGUCCCUCUGGAAGAGCUCUGCCCAGUCUGGCUCGGCGAGGGGCCUUGGUCACCGUGCCCUUCCUUCCUGUCUUCUCUGAUUCUUUUCCCCAAAAACAGUCCUGGAGAAUUAAUCGUCACGCUGGCUGGUCCUGCCUGUGUGGGUGGGAGACACUCGGGCAGCACACCUGUCUGGAAGCCGGGAGAGCAGGAGGUGCAGCCAGGGCGGGCGGGCGCCGAGAGGCAGGCCCCUUCAGAAGGAGCUGGGUUUCCUUGUUCUGCUGCUGUUCUGCCUUUCCUGGCAAGUGGGGUUUGGGGCACACAGACGUUGGAAUAUUUGUACUCUUGUUCCUGUGCCAUUAGAGAGGCUGCUGCCCCAGGAAGGCCAGCCCCUCCUCCUCUUGGCUACACUCAUGUUGCUCAGACUAUAUUUCAAAUAAAAAAUCUUCUUACCAUG